AUGGACGCAAAGCCACAGCGAUUCCGAGCUGUUGGGGACGAGAAUGUGGUGCCUGCGUCGCUUCAGACUCAGAAGAACAAGGCUAUCCACCAGCGUAACAAGUCGAGCCCUGCGUUGGGUAUGAUGGCCCAAAACACUGCUGGCCGACGUGCCUUUGGCGAUGUUAGCAAUAUCAAGGACGUGGGUCGAGGUAGUCGAGAUGAUAUUGCUCUGGGUGGAAAGCUUAAUGGAAAGCCCGUGGUGGUUGAGGUCAAGAGUUCUGGACUGUCACAGCCAGCUCAGCGUCCUACGUCCUUGACAGGAAGCAAGAGCGUUAUCGAUAGUGGCACCACAACUAAACCAAUCAACCCCGCUGGAAAAGCUCACCUCUCCAACAAAUCGAAGCGAAUGAACACGGUCUUCAAAGACGAACUGCAAACCCUGCCCGAGAAAGGCGCAUCCAAGGAAAUAAAUACCGCGAUUGAGGCAAAGGCCCACAACGCAAAGAAAGAGAUGGAGGCCCAUCUCACUCUCAGUGCUGCAGAGGGCGCAAACCCGAUUGAGUCUGAUGCUACGGUAUCUGAGACCGAAGAGGUGAAGGACGAUGUCCAGGCUCAGGAACCCGUUUCGGCGGGAUCGGAGCCUGAGGAAUGGGAAGAAGAGGAUACCGAGUAUUACGUUGCACCUUCUUACCCCACCGAUGGAACAACUGCCAUCGUCUAUCCAUGCAUGAACAAUGUGACUAUCCGUCAGAUGUUCCAGGCUAAGGCCAUCGUCGAAAGUCAACAGACAGAGGAAGAUCUGCGCGAAGACUUCUUGGAUACAACUAUGGUUGCUGAAUACGGAGAUGAGAUUUUCCUUCACCUGAGAAAGAAAGAAAUUGAUAUGCUCCCGGUUCCGGACUACAUGGCCCGUCAAAGUGAACUUCAGUGGUCCAUGCGCUCAGUCUUGAUGGACUGGCUCGUUCAAGUCCAUCAGCGCUUCAAUUUACUUCCUGAGACUCUGUUCCUGACAGUCAACUAUAUCGACCGCUUCUUGUCGUACAAGGUCGUUUCCAUGGGCAAGUUGCAACUGGUAGGCGCGACUGCAAUCUUUAUCGCGGCCAAGUUCGAGGAGAUUACAGCUCCGUCCGUGCAGGAGAUUGUCUACAUGGUUGAUGGUGGAUACUCUGUUGCUGAGAUCCUGAAGGCAGAGCGGUUCAUGCUUACUAUCCUUGACUUCGAUCUUGGAUGGCCAGGCCCAAUGAGCUUCCUUCGUCGCAUCAGCAAGGCUGACGAGUAUGACCUCGAAACUCGUACUGUGGCCAAGUAUUUCCUUGAGCUUGCCAUUAUGGAUGAGCGCUUUGUCUGCACUCCACCCAGCUUUGUUGCUGCUGGAGCCCAUUGUCUGGCCCGUAUGCUGCUUAACAAAGGCAACUGGACACCAGCCCAUGCCUUUUACAGUGGUUAUCUCUAUGCACAGCUCAUUCCGGUCCUGACAACCAUGAUGGAAUGCUGCGAAAACCCUCGCCGUCACCAUGCAGCCAUCUUCGAGAAGUAUUCGGAUCGUCGAUUCAAGCGUGCUGCGUUGUUCGUCGAAGCUGAGCUUGCCACGGACUUCGCUCUGCCUGAGCCUUCUGAGCUCAAAGAUCCGGAUCGCCUGGAUGGCUAUGCGAACUACUAA